ACAACUUCAACUUCGCAAUACUUAUUCUUAAUUCUCUAUACUAUUUCUCAUAUAGGUAAUAAUCAUUAUUACGUAUCAAGUUCAUACUAAACAUGUCGCCAUCUACAUCGCCGCUAGAGACAUCCGACAACCAAGCCGCGCAACCCGUCGGCCCGGCGGCUUUUCAGUCGAUCCAAAGCACACAACCAGUAGCUCUUCAGGCCAUGAAUCCGCAGUGUCCUCAACCCGAUCAGCCUGAGAUUGGAAACCUACGUGGUGGGGAACGCAGCUCCUGUUGUCCGGGACGCUUCUGCUUCUGCAUCCCUUGUCCUUUGCCGUGCGACUUCUGUAUUAUCUAAACUACGAUUUUCCCUCUAAUAAUACUUCUAUGCAUGAGUUGAACGAAGGCGUCAGUUAUUAUUUCGAACGCCAAAGUGGUUGCUUUCACGCUUAUCGGGCCGUGUGUCUAGGAAACUUGUUUCUAGUCUAGCCAAAAUGAACAUCUUCUGUCAUAAAUGCCCUCUUCAUAUACCUAUCGAGUUCUAGAUAGCAGUGUUUCUUGCAUUCUUCUGGAUUUUCAAUAUGCCUUCUCUCCAGAUUCUCCUUCACUAGCUGGCAUAUUAACCAAAAUCUGCUUGGAUUGAAGAGGUUUUCUAGUGCUUUAAACGAUUCACUUCGGCUGGGGAAGACCAUAGCGAUAUAUCAUUAGGCAACGUCCUAGUGUGAGGUACGGUGUAAGAAAGCAAACCGUCCCAUAACUUGACCCUAACCCCAACCAUAACCCUGAACAUAUGAUUAUGUAAUGGCUGUGUGAUGACUUCUCUGCUUAGUCCUAAGAUUACAAGAUUUGAAGAUGAAAGGAAGGGUUCUUUCAAUCAGAG